UUCUUUUCCACGAAGAAUGGGCUGUGCAAUAUCAGGUCUGGCAGCAAAAGCAGAGUUUGGAGAGAGGACUACAGAUGCUGCUGCUGCUGUUCGUCCCAGUCAGGAUCAGAUUCAGAUGAUCAAGGACUCGUGGAAAGUUAUCCGGGACGAUAUAGCCAGAAUUGGGAUUAUUACGUUUGUCAGGUUGUUUGAGGCCCAUCCCGAAUGUAAGGACGUCUUCUUCCUGUUCCGAGACGUGCAGGACCUCGAGAGGUUGCGGACCAGCAAGGAGCUCAGGGCACAUGGCCUACGGGUGAUGUCUUUUAUCGAGAAAAGUGUGGCUAGACUCGACCAGCUGGAGAGACUGGAAGCUCUGGCUCUGGAACUGGGAAAAGGCCAUUAUCAUUACAACGCCCCACCUAAGUACUACAGUUAUGUGGGAGCAGAGUUCAUUUGUGCUGUGCAGCCGAUACUGAAGGAGAGGUGGACGACUGAGCUGGAGGAUGCGUGGAAGACCAUGUUCCAGUUUGUGACCAGCCUGAUGAAGCAGGGCUACGAGGAGGAGAGCAACAGGCAGUGCCACCUAGCAGUCUCCCCAAAGGACAGGCCAGACAAGAGGCACACAUCGCUAUGAGAUGCUUCAUCUCUCAACUGCAAUUUAGACUGUUUUUACCAGUUCAGCACAGAAAUGUGUUCAUGUAUAUAGUAUAGUGUAUUUACUGUCUCCUUUUCUAUAUCACUCAUGUUUACUGCUCUGUGUUUACCAUUUUAUCAAAAAGGACAAAAAAACAACUUGCAGUGACUUUCAACAACGCACUUUAUUUCUGAACUUAAAUUCUGCUGCAGUCCUCUUCCAUGAAAUCAGGACCAUGGUAGCACGAAGAGACAUACAAAUGGCUAACAAAAUAUAUCAGCUGUAGUUAAACCUGCUUGUAAUUGUGAUUAACAGAAAUUACAUGAGAACAGCAGCCAAUACUUUAUCUCUGUAUUCAUAAAUCAAACAUGCCUUUCAAUAAAAUCCGAUUUAAAUUGU